AGUUUGUGGUGUUUCGGGUGUUUCAACCGACCGGCCCAGAGGUAUUCCGAAAUUUCGACAGAUCGCGGGAAAUAUUUCGAAGAAAGAAAUGACAGAUUUGUCACAAUUAGGAGCCAAGUUCGCAGUUACAUCACCAAGAGUACUGAGAAAAGCCAAGGAAUAUUGUCAGUUGGUAGACAUCCGGAGCAGUAGUGCUAGCUUAGCUGCCUUGAAACUGACUGGAUCAUGCAAAACUGUAGCUUGUCUGGAACUUGCUGCGUCAGCUUGCAGUGCCCACAUUGACAAAAAUGCUGCAAUCAGAACAUCAGGGACCACUAAAAAGCUGUACACAAUGUGUUUGAAGACAAUAGAGAGUAUACUGGACAUACAGCAGGUACAGACGGUACGGGAUUUAGCCGUACAGUUUGGAUGUACAGGGGCAGUAACUCUUGCACAACAAGUUUUGAAAAAAUACCAAGAAUCACAAGCUGUGGAUGGUGAUGACAUGGAUUUCAACACAAGUCUCUUCCAAGGUGCUGCACUAUGUGUCGCCUGCAAAAAAUUGAAAAUUAAAGUGGAGAGAGUGAAACUGAAGGAACUUUGUGCAGUGAAGAAGACAUGUUUUGAAUUACUGGUGGCAGAUAUGGAAAAACUUGCAGUUUCUAUAGAAGGAGAGAAAAAAGUUCAGCCAAAUAAACGGAGUAAAACAUUGAUGGAUGAUGUCGAGAGAAAAAUGCAAGAAGUGCCAGAGAAACAACAGAAAAGAUCAAACGAUGAUGAAGAUGAGGAAGAUGGUGAAAAGACGGAUUAUGAGGAAUGGAAGAGAAAGAUACUAGAAAAUGCUGCCAGAGCUCAUGAUAACUCCUGACACAAUUUCUGUAAAAGACUACCUUUGAUCAAAAUGUGUAUUUCAGAUUUAAUCUAGUGCCUAAGACUUCCUAAUACAUCAGGACUUUGAUGAAAUAAACUGAGACACUAUAUCUCAAUACUUGUAAAUUGAGCAAGCGUGUUUAUUGCUGGUAAAAUUUAUGUACGUUCCUGUUGGUUCAAUUUCUUUCUAAAAUGAGCAGGCACUUUGGAUACUACAGAUAAAAUCAUUUGAAAAAAAGUUGUACACUUUUUAUGCCAAGUUACUUUAAAUACAUUUACUAUGCAAAAUGAAUAUUAGAUAUAAAAAGAAUAUUGAAAAGCC